AAGGCACUUCGUAAAGUUGACUGAGGCAGAGGGAGGAGGGAAAUUUACAAAGCGAAGUAACUAACUACAAAACAAUAAGCUAUAUGUCAGUCGCAUAAAUUCAUUUCAUAAAGUAUAAUACGACAAAAAGAAGAGAGAAACGGACCUUGUUUUGGAAAAUUUUUAUGCAAAAAAAUUAAUUCGUGACAGAAAUGCCCCCAAAUAUAUCCGGUACAACGCCAUGUAUUGACAAGAAAACAUCAGUAGCUGACAAUGGAGCUGCUUUAAAAUUGACAGAAAAUAUUUCAUCAAAAGAAAGUGAAAAUCAUGAAACAACUAAAUCUAAUGGAUUUCAUAAUGAGAAAAAGAAAGAAUCAUCAACUUAUUUUCAACAAGAUUUAAAAUGGAUAAAUAUCAUCAGUAUUUUUAUUCUUCAUAUUUGGGCACUUUAUGCUAUCAUCACUUUUCCCUAUAUUCAAAAACCCCUGACAACGCUUCACACGUAUAUUUUUGGACUACUUGUUGGUUUUGGAGUAACAGGUGGUGCACACCGUCUCUGGACUCAUCGAGCUUACAAAGCCAAGUGGCCACUUCGAAUAAUUCUUCUAUACAGUUAUUACACAUCUGGACAAAAUUCACUAUUCGAUUGGGUACGAGAUCAUCGUAUACAUCAUAAAUAUUCAGAAACAGAAGCAGAUCCACACGACAGUUGUCGAGGAUUUUUCUUCUCGCACGUUGGUUGGCUUAUGAUGAAAAAACAUCCUGAAGUUAUAAGACGAGGACGUCAAGUUGAUAUGAGUGAUAUUCUCUCUGAUCCAGUUGUUGCAUUUGGUGAAAAGUAUUUCAUAUUAUUCAAAAUUUUAUGCUGCUUUGUCAUACCAAUAAUUAUACCAGUAUACUUUUGGAAUGAAGAGUGGUACUAUUCAAUAUUCUCAACGAUUGGACGUUAUGCUCUAUCUUUAAAUUUUACAUGGAGUGUUAAUAGCGCAGCUCAUAUAUGGGGUUCAAAACCCUAUGACAAAAAAAUUGCACCAGCGGAAAAUAGAUUCGUUGCCUAUGUAGCCAUGGGCGAAGGCUGGCAUAAUUAUCAUCAUGUAUUUCCAUACGAUUAUAAGGCAGCAGAAUUAGGAAAUUAUAGUUUAAAUUAUACAACAUUUUUAAUUGAUAUGUUUGCAAAAAUUGGUUGGGCAUACGAUUUGAAACAACCAUCUAAAGAAUUAAUUAAAGCAGUGAGAGAAAAAAGGGGACAUGGCUCACACAAUACCGAAGAACCUGAAUCAAAAUCUGAUUAAAAUAUUAUUUUUUUGUAAUAUAUAAAAAAGUACGUUUAAUUCUUAGGACGCAUGAUUAUGUUCUAAAAAUUAUUAGUUCGAAUUGUCAUUUUAUGGAAUUUCAUUUAUCAUAAUUAUUUUUGAGUUGAAUUUUUAUUUUUUCGAAUUAGUAUUUUGGGAGAAUUUUCAUUAAACCGAUUUUCUAUAUAUUAUAGAAUUUUUAUAUAACCGAAAAUUCACUUUACAGAAUUUUCAUUUGUUCGAAUUUUUAUUUGUCAGAAUUUUUAUUUACUCGAAUUUUUUAUUUAACAUAAUAGGCAUUUUAAAGAAUUUUUAUUGGGUAAAAUUUUCUUUCAGAUGAAUUUUCACAAUUUUAUGAAUAAUUUUUGAUUGGUUGAUUUUAAAAAAUCGCGCCGUAAUCUAUCUGUCGAUUGUUUGUUCGGCCAUUUGCAAUUUCGGACAAAUGAAAAUUCUAUCAAUUAGAAAUUCUAUUAAAUUAUUUUUCGGUUAAUUAAAAAUUCUGUUGUAUGAAAAAUCGGUUAUAUGGAAAUUAUAUCAAAUAAUAAUUCAAACAAAUGAAAAUUCAUCUGAAAGAAUAAAAUGAAAAUUCUAUGCAAUGAAAUUCUACCCAAUAAAAAUUCUUUAAAAUGCCGAUUAUGUUAAAUAAAAAUUCGAGUAAAUAAAAAUUUUGACAAAUAAUAAUUCGAACAAAUAAAAAUUAGGCUCAAAAAUAAAUAUAACAAAUGAAAUUCCAUAAAAUGACAAUUCUAACUAAUGAUUUUUAGAACAUAAUCAUGAGUCUCUAAUUCUUAUAAUAAUAAGUUCUAUUUUCCAUCAAUUAAUUAUAAUUAUGUAUAAUAAUCAAUUAGAAUAAAAAAAAGAAGCAUUAUCCUCAUUUUCUUCGUCCUCAAGUUGAGAACACUGCGCGCGCAAUAUGGGUUAACCAAUCACUACGCGUUACCCCCACUCCUCGCUUGCUGCGUGCGCAGUGUUCUCAACUUGGAAGCCCAAAAAAGAAUGAACUUAUUUCCAAUGAAAAUAACAUUAAAUUCGAAAAAAUGCUAUAACAAAAGAUGUAAAAUUUACUCUGAAAAAUAAUUUAAUGAAUUAAAUAAUGCAAUCUGGAUUGGUUUUGGACGAAAUGACGCCUGGGGAGAAUGUGGAAAUGAUUCUUAAAAUAAAUUUUAUUAUACUUUUUC